UAAAGAUGAUCACCAGCAUCCUUGAUCAGGGUUUGGGGGUGAUGACAGACCCAGUUCGUCUGCAUGCAGAGUUGUGGGGUGACCAUUUCUCCAAAGUCAUCUCCUGUUGGCUUCCAGUCCUAAUGUCUACAGUCCUGGUUGGGCGGGGCUUUCUAGGAUCCAGUAUCCAGUGCUUUCCCUUGGAUCUUGUACAUGUUCCGGUCCAACCCCAGAAUGGUACCUUCAUGUCUGAUGACAGCUCAACCAGCAAUGCAUUCAGUGGUGUAUCUUCUUACACCAGGCAACUUUCUGACUUUGUGAACUCUUACUGUGCAGGAAAGAGUUCCUUUCCUGAAAACACAGUGUUUAAUAGUUAUCAGUUCUUUGCCAUGAUGCUGGUGGUUCAAGCAGGCGUAAUGUAUGCACCAUUUCUGAUAUGGAAUGUAACUAAAGGCAAGGAGAUCAUAAGUAUUGUAAGAUUCAUAGCACAUGAUAUGGAAGUGCUCUAUGACCGAUUUAGGAAACAAAGUACUCAAGACCAAGUUCAGGCUGGCGGUCAGGGGAUGGGAGCCCAGGGAGGUGCACAAGUACAAGGCCAAUGUCAGGCUGGGGGACAGGGGAUGGGAGCCCAGGGAGGUGCACAAGUACAAGGCCAAGUUCAGGCUAGUGGACAGGGAAUGGGAGCCCAGGGAGGUGUACAAAAAAAUGCUCAGCAGAAGUUAGCUAAAGUGUAUGGGCAAGAGGAGUUAUUAGCAGCAGAAAAGCAAUGGAAAGCAGAGUAUACUAUGUACAAAUGGUAUGUGAUCAAGCAAGCAGUGUCAAUUGUCAUUUCAGUGGGGUUCCUCCUUUACCACAGAAUCCAACUCAAAUCUAUCGACAACAUUAAAGACACAUUCCCAUGUUCUGUGGAAGAGAAAUUUUCAGUAACUUGCACAGUGCCUACAGCUGCAGUACAUCAAUUCAUAUGGGCAAACAUUGAAUCUGUUGAGAAGUACAACUAUGUGAAGAACCUGCUCAAAGUGGCACCAGAUCUAGAGCUGUCUGAUGCACAGAAGAAACAAACGUCAGAAACCACCUGA